AUGGCUCUCCUUAAGAGAGGUUUUUUUCACCUCCUUGCUUUCUCUUUGCUUUCUCACGCUGUUGGUGAGCCGAACAAUAAACACCAAGCCCGCAGCUUGCUGGGGAACAGCUUUGGAACACCAAACGUCAAUGCAACUUAUGAUUAUAUCGUGGUAGGUGGAGGAAACGCUGGUUUAACCAUUGCCGCCCGGCUUUCGGAAGACCCAACCAAAUCCGUUGCCGUGAUUGAAGCGGGGAGCUUUUACGAAAUCACCAAUGGCAAUCAUAGCGAGCUUCCGUCAGACGAUAUUUACUGGGCUGGAAAGUCGCCGUUGGAUGUAAAUCCUCUGGUGGAUUGGAACUUUACGACGACGCCUCAAGCAGGUGUUGACGAUGCCGUAGUCCAUUAUCCGCGGGGAAAGACGCUCGGUGGUUGUACGGCGCGGAAUUACAUGGCCUACCACAGAGGCACCAAGUCCUCGUACCAGAUGUGGGCCGACGCGGUUGGUGAUGAGAGCUACACCUGGGAUAACCUCCUGCCGCAUUUCAAGCACAGUCUGACCUUUACUCCUCCCGACGUUGCCAAAAGGGGCCUUAACGCCACGCCCCUGUACGACGAGGAGAACCUUGCUGAAGGCGGACAACCACUGCCUGUGACUUGGUCCAACUACGCCCAGGCUUUCUCGACAUGGGUGCAGGAAGGCCUGAAGCAGAUUGGAAUUUUUCCACGGCAGGGUUUCACGAGCGGAGAGCUGCUGGGUUCAUCCUUCCAAACUCUCACCAUCCACCACGACACUGGUGCCCGUGCUUCUUCCGAGACGGCGUUUUUGCGCCCCGCCAUGGGGAGGGACAAUCUAAUAGUCUACGUCGAUACGUUGGCCACGCGAGUUGUUUUUGAGGGCAAGGAUGCCGUCGCCGUCGAAGUCGACACUCAGGGCUUUCAGUACACCUUGUCCGCCAAGAAGGAAAUCAUCCUCUCCGCAGGCGCGUUCCAGUCCCCGCAGCUUUUGAUGGUUUCCGGUGUGGGUCCGAGGGAGACCUUGGAGGAAUUCGACAUUCCUGUAGUUGCUGACCGGCCUGGCGUCGGUCAGAACAUGUGGGACCACAUACUCUUCGGUCCGAGCUGGCGUGUCGAUGUCAUUACGGCGUCUGCGCUCUCCAACACUGAAAAGUACUACGAGGCCGUUGAGGAGUUUAGGAACGAGCAAGAUGGUCUCCUUGCUAGCAAUGGCGGAGACUUCCUAGCGUGGGAGAAGCUGCCAUCCUCCCUGAAAAGCAACUGGUCAUCGGAAACCAAGGAAGCAUUUGCCACUUUCCCCGAUGACUGGCCUGACCUCGAAUACCUGUCCGUCGGCGCCUACUUCGGGUAUCAGCAAAACUUUGUCAACGCGCCCGACGGCCCCAAAGACGACUACAACUACGCAACGAUGGCCAUGGGCCUGAUCACGCCGCUGUCGCGCGGCAACAUCUCGAUCCAGUCGCCCGACAUGCGCGUGCAGCCGCUGAUCAACCCCAACUGGCUGUCCCAUCCGGGCGACCAGGCCAUGGCCGUCGCGGCGUACAAGCGCGUGCGCCAACUGUUUGAGACGCCGAAGAUGAAGGAGAUCUUGAUCGGCGACGAGUAUUUCCCUGGCCCGUCUGUGCAGACUGACGACGAGCUGCUCGCGCUCAUUAGGAAGAGCUUCGGUACUAUUUUUCAUCCGGCCGCGACGUGCGCCAUGGGGAAACUGAACGACACGAUGGCCGUGGUCGACUCAAAGGCAAAGGUCAUUGGCGUGAAUAAGUUGAGGGUUGUGGACGCUUCCGCGUUUCCUUUCCUCCCGCCGGGUCAUCCUGUCGCUACUGUUUACAUGCUUGCGGAGAAGAUUGCUAGCGAGAUUAGAAGCAGCUAG